AUGUCCGUGGACGCGAGAUAUGUGGCCACUCUCAUCAGCACCAGCCACGUCGAGUUUCUCCGACGAAUUGAGCCGACACGGUCAAGAAUAUCGCUUUUCGACGCCGAAGGACCUAAAAAACCGAAGAGGCCAUACCGAGAUACCUCCACCAUCAAGCUGGGUUCCAGCAACGAUCCCUACCACCAACAGAAAGUCCAUCGCCUAUGGCUCCCAAACGUGUAUGAGAGCUCGCGAGGGUUCGAACUGGGCAACUUUGUCUCUUCGAUCUUGUCGGAGAUGACGAAAGAACAAUUGACCAAAUAG